CACGCGGCGGCCCGGCUCCUCCCGCACGUCACGUGCUGGAACUCUCUUCUGCGCGGAUGGAGGACAUCACAAGCAGAUGUCGUACCUCUACAAUUGCAAGAAGUUAGACACGCAUCGAACCCUCAGGCUGCACUCUCCUGAUCGUUUCGAGACGUGCCAGUGUGACACCAUGGAUGCUCUUCUUUAGUCGGCCAUGUCCCAUGUGCCCACGUGAAAGAUUACAUCAGCAAACCCACGCUAGCCUAAACCGGGCUUUGGGCACCGAUACGCAUUUUAAUUUUUGAAACGACCAAGCGAAGACGUGAUCCUUCACCUCACCCUGAGUGUUGCGACUCGAUUGCCGUCGGAUAUCCACAAAGCCACCUUGUCAGACAACACUGCCCCCGAGCGUGCAAACAUGGCUCCGUCCAAAACCCCCAACUCGUGGGAGGAGUCCGAGGAGGACAGCACACCGCCCGCGUCCCCAACGGUCGCACCGGCGGCGCGCCGCAGCAAGUUUGACGACGAGGAAGACGACAGCGAUGUCUUGGAGUCCUGGGAUGCGGCGGAGGACAGCGAAGAAGAGCGCGAGAAAGCAAAGAAGGCGGCAGAAGCCAAGGCCAAAGCCGAGGCCGAGGCGAAAGCGAAUCACAAGAGUAAGUCGCAACGGAUAGAGGAGAGGCGGCAAGAGAACCUGCGGAGGCGUCUGGCGGAGGAGGAAGAGGAGAGCAGUGAUGAAGAGGAGACCGAGGCGGAGAAGCGGGCAAGGUUACGGGAGUCGGAGAAGGCGAGCGACAUGAAGCACGCGGAGGAGCUGUUUGGUGGUGCGGGCGAAGGAAACAAGAGGACGACGGCGAAGGCUGUCACUGUGCAACAAGGCGACGACCCGGCAGACGCGAUCGAUCUCAGCAGCUUGAAGCUGUUCAACCCCACCACGCUCCCACAGUUCAACAAGCUGAAAGAAGCGCUGGUGCCUCUGUUUCUGGAGAUUUCGAAGAAGCCGCACUACGCCUCCUUCCUGCAAGACUUCAACAAGCAGGUGGCAAAGGACUUGAGUAGCGACCAGAUGAAGAAGGUGUCCAGCACUUUGACCGCGAUGAGCAACGAAAAGCUGAAAGAGGAGAAGGCGGCGGACAAGGGCGGGAAGAAGACGAAAGCGGCCAAGACGAAGGCCAGCUUGUCCGCCAGCCGAGACAUCUCGAACAAGGCAGACACCACGGCGUAUGACGAUGGGCUGGAGGAGGACGAUUUUAUGUGAUUCAAAGAACGUCAUCAUCUUCGCCAUCGAGACAAGGUGCAUGGAUUGUGGAAAGCAUCGCGAGUACCACGGGGAACAGUAUUAGCGGAGUCUCGGCAUUCCGCGCGCUCCCCACGACGUUUAUGUAGCAAACACGCCUGUUUCUCCUUUCCUG